UGUGUGCGGCCCGGGUGUUUUUUUCCUGCAGCUCCAGCCUGAGGCCCGGACACCAUGCGGCGGCGGCUCGCGAGUGGGCGCAGCUCCGCGGCGGGGUCGCUGUUCUAGUGCGCAUGACUGACUACUGUCCGCCGUGUGUGUGUGUGUGUGUAGGUGUGAGUGAGUGUGUGUGGUGAAUGCGUGUGAGUGAGUGUGUGUGUCUACGAGCCCACGAGCCCCGGACCCUUUAUACCUAUCCUGACCCAGGCUUUAGUAAACACACUGUGAGCCGCUGGUUGGCCGAUGGCGCCCGGCCGGAGCGCUGCGUCCCGCAGGGAGGAGAGCCGCUGAGCGGAGAGACAGGAGCGCGCGGAGCCCGGAGACGACAGCAUGGCAGCCGUGAGGUCAGUCCCUAAGCUGCUGCUGCUGCGGUGAUCUGACCAGCCUGCCGUUCCCCCAGCCACACCUCUGCCCCGGUCCUCGUCAGGGCGAGUGAGCCCUAUCCGGAGCUGCGCUGCCUGGGCUCCGCAGCACCUCCAUGGCGGGGGAGAAGGGCCGUCGCAGUGUCAUGGACAUCAAGCGUUUGGCCGGGCUGCUGCAGCGCGGGGCCGGCCGCCUGCUGGUCAUCGACAGCCGCACCUUUUCCGAGUACAACGCCUCCCACGUGCACGGCGCCGUCAAUGUCUGCUGCUCCAAGCUGGUGAAGAGGAGACUGCAGCAGGAUAAGGUGUCGGUUACCGAGCUCCUGCAGCCCAAUGGCAAGGUCAAGGUGGAUCUGGGCAGGAGACAGGAGGUGGUGGUCUAUGACCAGAGCACUAAGGACGCUGGUCAGCUUUCCAAAGAUGGCUUUGUCCACAUUCUUCUGAGCAAGCUGGAUGGAACGUUCCACAAAGUGUCUCUGCUGACAGGCGGCUUUGCAGCAUUUUCCUCCUGCUUCCCGGGUCUGUGUGAGGGGAAGCCAGUGGCCACUUUGCCCAUGAGCCUGUCCCAGCCCUGCCUGCCAGUGGCUAAUGUGGGCCCCACGCGCAUUCUGCCCCAUCUCUACCUGGGCUCGCAGAAAGAUGUGCUCAACAAGGACCUGAUGACCCAGAAUGGCAUCACGUAUGUGCUUAAUGCCAGUAACACAUGUCCUAAGCCAGAGUUCAUCUCCGAGAGCCACUUCAUGCGCAUUCCUGUCAAUGACAACUACUGUGAAAAGCUCCUGCCCUGGCUAGAGAAGACUAACGAGUUUAUCGACAAAGCCAAGGUUUCCAACAGCCGAGUCAUUGUCCAUUGUUUGGCGGGCAUCUCCAGGUCUGCCACCAUCGCCAUUGCUUACAUCAUGAAGACAAUGGGCUUGUCAUCAGAUGACGCGUACAGGUUUGUUAAAGACCGCCGGCCUUCAAUAUCACCCAACUUUAACUUCUUGGGUCAGCUGCUGGAGUUUGAGAAGGGCCUUCGUCUGCUGAAGGCACUCUCUUCGGGUCAUGAGAAGAACGAGCAGUCUGGCGAAGCAGCAGAACCCAGAAAAGAUGCUGCUUCGAAGCCCAAGGACGCUCGAAAGGAUGGGGAGACUGAGACCUCAUCAGAGUCCGAGGCAAAGCUGCCAUCCCCUACGUCGCUCCAGCAGGGCUUCAACGGUCUCAACUUGUCGGCCGAGCGCAUCCUGGACACUAACCGGCUCAAGCGCUCCUUUUCACUGGACAUCAAGUCCGUCUACACACCUGGCCAGUGUCCACGAAUCACGCCCGUCCACGCAGAGGACGUCCCAAAGCUCUGCAAGCUGGAUAGCCCAAGUGCCAGAGCAACGAACGGUAUUUGCCAUUUAUCCUCGGCUUCAGACAGCCCAUGCCUGGCAGAUUCGGAGAGCAGCUUGAGACCACGCUCGCGGAGGAAAAGCAAGCAGAAUGGCGGCAGUGCUGGUAGCUCACCUGUCCACUCGUUCAGCUUCGGCUCAGGUCAGCCCACUGUGCACAAGAGUCCCAGCCUGGAUGAGAACCUGAAGUCCCCCAUGCUGCUCGGCUUGCCUGGUUUGGGAACAGGACCCAUGUGGACCAAACAUCGAGACACGGCACAAGCCACCACACCCGUCACACCAACUGGCUGUGAGAAAUUUUUAUCCUGGCUGGACAAAACAAACGAGUUCAUUGACAAAGCCUCCAAUAGCCAUGACCCAGCUCAGGCCACCACGCCCGUCACACCCACCGGUGAUGCCCCCUGGUUCUACGAAUCCCUUAGUGGAGGAGGAGGAGGGGGCAGUGCUGGGGCGGUGCACUUUCCCGGGCCUCUGGGCUGUGGUGCCCUCCCUGGGCCACGCGAGGCGGUGCGUCUGCGCCCGAAAGCAGGUGAAGUGCGGGAGGCGCGAGCGAGCUGGCACGAGGACGCCCCUGUUGCCGGUGGCAGCUCAACCGACAAGCAGUUCAAAAGGCGCAGCUGCCAGAUGGAGUUUGAGGAGGGGAUACAGGAGACACGUUCACGGGAGGAACUUGGCAAAAUCGGGAAGCAGUCCAGCUUCUCAGGCAGCAUGGAGAUAAUUGAGGUGUCCUGACAACUACACUGCCCGCGGGGGUUUGAGAUGCAUGAAGGCGGACAGGUGCCACCUACAAGCGAGGGGAACUGAGGAAGACCGGCGAGGGCCGGCUGAUUUACGUUGUUUUAGCUUUGUAGGCUCAAACUAUGCUAAAAAGGCUCUGAAAUUAGUGACUGAGAAAUGGGACAUUUGGAACUUUUGUGUUUGUCUCUGAGAUUUGGAGUUAACAGAGCUAGAUGCGGGCAGAUUUGACUCUGUCUCCAGUGUUUUCAAGCCAUUUCCAUCCCACUAGGACUUAGGGAGGGUUAAGGACUAGGAAUGAACUGCUGUACAUACUGUAUGUGCACAACCAAACCCAGUCACAGAACCCUGCACUCUCCUAACGGACAUGUUUCCUCUCCAAAAUAAAAAACAAAAAUGAAGCUUUACCAGCCCAGCCCUCACAGUGUAUUGAGAAUAAAUAAAAGCAUGGCUCAGUCUCCUCCGAUUCACAUGCGUACUCCUGGUAUUACUCUAUCACAAGACUUGAUAUUGUAUUUACACCUCCACAGCACAAGGGGGGGGGCCUCUACAGACAGACUCAAAGCCCUGGUACAGACUCUCGCUGAUCAAAAUGAAGGCUGCUUUGUGUAUCGCUUUUGUCCUCUCUGCUCCUGUAUCCCAGAAAGCGUGGAAUUCUGGAGGAGGAUGCAGGAAUGUUGUUAUGAAGGAAAAGCAUUGUGGAUGUUUUCCUGCAGUGCCCUCUGUCACUCUUUUGUUCUCUGUGUUUGUUCCUUACCUUUACCCAUAUUUCACCCCCCCCCCCCUUUCACCUCCCCCCUACCCUCACUGUACAAUGGGAGGGCAUGAAACGAACUGCCGCCCACUGUUCUCACACUGAGCAUGUUCCGAGGCUGCUGGUUUCCCCUACAGAUGAAUAGAUAUACGCUAUACAUAGUUAUUUCAAUGGACUAAUGUUUAUUAUUAUUUUUUUGUUUUGAUUCUCUCAGUUAUAGUUUUAAUUUAUUAUACCUGUUCAUUCUGGUAAUGAGAAAUAAUAUAAUGAUUGUGAAAUCCUUUGUUUUGCUUUUUUCAUUGUUUUUUUGUUGAUGUUGACCUCAGUGGCUGUAUGGUAUUUAUAAAAUCACUCACAAAACUGAUACACAACCGCAAAGCAAUAUGCGCUAUUUUCUUCAUCUUUUUUUCAUCCUCUUUUUCAUCUAUAAGGGAGAGAGUGAUUAUUAAAAUGGCUUCACCUGGUAUUUAAUGCACUUUCUGUUGCUUUAAGAAAGGAGCUGAUGGAGCGUCUCAUCACAAGGGUACCACAUUGCUUUUAUAUACAGUAGAUUCUGCAUUUGCAUUAGCAUUAGCACACACACACGUGUUGAUGCCCUGCACUGUGUAAUGAGCUGGGGCAUUUAGCUAGCAUGGUUUCAUCAUUUACAGGAAUGGCUCUGAAAACGUAUAAGCCUGUAUGAGCUAAAAUGAUGUAAAAUGUGCAGAUUGGAGCUCUUUUUUAUCUACAAGCACAUUAUGAUGAAUGCAGAUCAUAAAAUUGUUGACAGGGACUCUUAGUUUGGGUUCUGUCCCCUUUUGUUCUUUAUAUUUAUGAUUUAUUUAUUGUGAGCUUGGGCCUGUUUCUAGACGACUGUGUGAUGACUGUGUAUGGAUGGAUGGAGUGUGAGUGACUAAUGUAGAUGGACCUUGUUAAAUCCAAAUCAUCAGAUAGAUUUGAGUAUUUUUGAGCUUUUAUUUCUUCACUCCUGUAAGCGCAGGCGAUUUUUGAACAUGAGGUAUUAGUUUGACACGUUAGCGGUGCCUACCAGUCAUCUUGUCUCAGUUAUCUGUUUUCUGGCAAGGUAGAUCAGGGUUCACGUUGGGUUAAAUGAAGUCCACACUUGUAGUGUGGCACAGACAACAGCACAUGAUGCUUCAGUUUAGCUCAGGGGAAUUGCACAUGAGUCCCGUCUCUGAGCUCUGACUACCUGCACAACUCUCUUUCUCUCUCUCUCUCUCUCUCUCUCUCUUUCUCUCUCGCUCUUUCUUUUUCACGCUCUGUCUCUCACUCAGUUUCACUCACUGUAUUUCUCUCACCAUGUCUCUCACAGAACCUCACUGCUUUACCUUAUUGCCAUAUUCUCUUUUUUCAGCCUCAUUUACUCUCUCUCGCACACAAUAUCUCUCUCUCUCUCUCCCUCUCUCUCUCUGUCUUUCUCUCUCUCUCUGUCAUGCUAUUUGUUCUUAUUGGUUUAUCUCUCUCUCAGAUUUUCUCUUUCUCCUGCUGCCUUCCCUGCUUUCUUUUUCCUUCCACAAUCCCUCACUCUGUCUGACUCCCUUUCUCUUCUCUAUGCCUCAUUCGCUCCUUUUAACUCUUCCUGUCUCUCUCUCUCUCACACAGUCCCUUAUUCUCUCUUUUUGGUUCUUUUCUGUCUGUUUCUCUUUCCCCCACAUUUUUUUUUCUUCACUUAUUCUCUCACACAACAUCAUAUCCUUUCUGUCUCAUUUGCUCUUCUGUCUCUUCCCAUUGUCUCUCUCUUUUUCUCUCACAAAUACAAUCCUUCGCUUUCUUUUUUUGUCUUGCUCACUCUUUCAGACACUCUUCAUUCUCUCUCUCUCUCUCUCUCUCUCUCUCUCUUCUCUGCACACACACACAUAUUUCCUCUUUUUUUUUUUUUUUUUUUCGUCUUAUAUGUUCCAAAGUUUUCUCACAGUCUUCCCAUUGGAAGGGUGUUUGUGUGUGUGUGUGUUUAUGUGAAUGGUGUUGCCCCUUUGAUGUGCGAUGGUUGCUUAUUUAUUUAUGGCUGUAUUCUCAGUUAGCUUCUCUCUAUGGUAAACCUCUGACCUUGUACUUGUGCUGCUGUUAGCUCCAUUCUCCUCGUGUGACACAUUACCUGUCUGUUCUUUUUUCUUUCCUUCCUCUAUAUUUUUAAAGAUGUUGUUAUCUUCAUUAUUUAAGACAUGUAUGAAAAGAUGCAGGCUGUCCUUUUUUGCUGAAAUUGUUUAAUUGUUGGCAACAACAUUUAUUAUUAUUAUUAUUAUUAUUAUUAUUAUUAUUAUUAUUAUUAUUAUAUUAUUAUGUUGUGUAAAUAGAACGUAUCUACAAGAAUAACUGGUAUAGGGAACUUUUUAAGAGAAAAUCCUGAUACCUUAGGCUGCUUGACGCAAAAUACCUCAGGUUCUAUUCAAAGGCUUUUUCCUCCCCUUGUACCUGUUUUGUGAAGAUGAAACAAAAAUACAAACAUUACAAAAUA